UUGACCUUUGACCAUCAAAUCACUACACGGGGAAACCCUCUCUUCAUCAGCCAUUUUUCGACUGACAGAAAAGUGAUUCGUCGACUUCUAAGUGCAAAGAUGGCCCAGAUGUUAGCACGACCUCCUUCCGGAUCUGCAGGGUCCACUGGUCUCAUGCCAAAACCUGGCUCUGGUAUCAUGGCUAGACCAGCUUCUUAUAAUCGUAUUGGGGGUGGUCAUUCUAUGCCCAGCUCUGGCUCCUGGGGCUCUGAUGGGGGUGAUGAUUACUACAUUCAACAACAGCAGCUUGAUGCGGCAUUUGCUGCGUCUCAUCUUGAGCAUAUGUGUAUGCUGGAUAUUGAUUCGGAGCCUCAUGUUGUGCGUAUGACUGGCAUUAUUUGCACAAUAGGACCAGCAUCAAAGGAUGUGAAAAUGCUUACAAAGAUGAUCAAUGCUGGGUUGAAUGUCGCAAGAUUGAACUUCUCCCAUGGAUCAUAUGAGUACCAUGGAGAGGUGAUUGCCAAUGUGCGUGAAGCUGUCAAGAAGGCACGUCACUCCACCACAGUUGCUAUUGCACUGGAUACCAAAGGACCUGAGAUCAGAACUGGUCUGCUGAAGGGAGGUGGUUCUGCUGAGAUUGAGUUGAAGAAAGGAGGUACACUUAUUCUCACAACAGAUGAUGAGUACAAAGAAUCUGGGGAUGAGGAACGUGUAUGGGUUGACUAUAAAAAUAUCACCCAGGUCAUGGAAGUAGGGAAGAGAAUCUACGUUGAUGAUGGCCUCAUCAGUCUGAUUGUAAAAGAGAAAGGUGAGGACUUCUUGAAGUGUGAAAUUGAGAAUGGAGGCAGUCUGGGUAGUAGGAAGGGAUGUAAUCUGCCAGGCACAGCUGUGGACCUCCCUGCAGUCACUGAGAAGGACAAGCAGGACCUCAAGUUUGGUGUUGAACAAGGGGUUGACAUGGUCUUUGCUUCAUUCAUUCGAAGUGGUGAUCAGGUCAGAGAGAUCAGACAAGUCCUUGGAGAGAAGGGAAUGAACAUACGCAUUAUUGCAAAGAUUGAAAAUCACGAGGGAGUGAGAAGAUUUGAUGAAAUCCUUGAAGAGGCUGAUGGUAUCAUGGUCGCCAGAGGAGAUCUAGGAAUUGAGAUUCCCGCAGAGAAAGUAUUCUUAGCCCAGAAAAUGAUGAUUGGACGAGCAAACAGAGCUGGAAAACCCGUCAUUUGUGCAACUCAAAUGUUGGAGAGUAUGGUGAAGAAACCACGUCCUACACGUGCAGAGGGCAGUGAUGUUGCAAAUGCAGUAUUAGAUGGUGCUGAUUGUGUCAUGUUGUCUGGAGAAACAGCUAAGGGAGACUAUCCCAUUGAAUCUGUAAAGAUGAUGCAUUCUAUUGCAAGGGAAGCUGAAUCUGCUGUAUACCACAGACAACUUUUUGAAGAGCUCCGUAGUCAAACCCCAAUUCCAACAGAUACAACUCAUACUGUGGCCAUAUCUGCCGUUGAGGCAUCCAUUACCAGUUUAGCUGCCUGUAUUAUAGUCAUCACAACCACUGGAAGAUCUGCUUACCUGAUAGCGGCAUAUCGUCCCCGUUGUCCUAUCAUUGCUGUGACACGUGUCGCACAGACAGCUAGACAGUGCCAUCUAUACCGAGGCAUAUUCCCCAUUUAUUACGAUGCUGAGCGUACAGAUGAUUGGACCGAAGAUAUGGAUACUAGGAUUAGACGAGCUAUAAAAGACGGAAAAGAGCGUCAAUUUCUUAAAGCUGGUGAUAAUGUAGUCAUAGUAACUGGGUGGACAAAAGGAGCUGGCCAUACUAACACUAUGCGUGUUAUCGUUGUACCUCGUGAGGAAGAUUCAGAAGAAUUAAAGAAGGUCACAACUCCACCUGUUACAUUUGAAUAAUCUCCACUGGAUGAACACAUCAAUGAUGUUAUUUGAUUUAUACAUAUAGAGAAACAUAUGUUGUGAAUAGUGUAGAAAAAACUAUGAAAACAGAAUGUAACCGGACAGUGUUUGUUAAAGGAGAUCAAAAAACAUUUCAGACAGAACAAAUAUUUCAAAUAGACUGCCAAAAGAACAAUUGCCAAGUCAACAAGAUGAUCUUUGUUGUAAAAGGAAGAUAUAAUCAGACAAGGAGCAUUUCAGUGCAAAUCAAGAUAUUUUAUCAUACCAAGGACUUGUCUUACAACAGACCCAGUGAAAUCCAUGUAGUGCCAAGCUACUGCCAAACUACUCAAAAUGCCUAGAAGCCUAAAAAGCAUUCAUUCCUGUAAUAAGCUCAUCAAAUACUAGCGAUUCAUUUAUCAUUUAUUUAUUUUCUGCAAUAUUGUCAUAACUGUUGUUUAUUUGUCAGCAUGGAAAUGUUGAUAUAAAUUCUGAUUUCUAAAAUUCAAUGCUAAUUUUUUAGAUUUAUUUUAUGGCCUUAGUACAAAAAUGAUGAAUGAAUUCUUGUAUAUGAUAUGAAUAAUUACAACAUAUUCUAACACGAUUCAUGCAUGGCGUAUUUAAGCUAAUCAAUUAAUAAUGAUCUGCAUGUUGUAUAAAUAUGGCUGUAGCUACGCUUUUCUGUAUUAUAAGUAUUUAUUAAAAACU